GUUAUUAGUUUAUUACCCUAACUAGAAUUGAACUUGUGACCUCUCAUAUGAGAGAGUCACUAUUAUGUCGUUGGAGUUCAAAAAACCCUUGAAGCCAGGAUUAUAUCUGGUGGGGACACCUAUUGGGAAUCUUGAAGACAUUACUCUGAGAGCCUUAAGAGUCUUAAAUUCUGCAAAUGUGAUACUCUCUGAGGACACCAGGCAUUCAGGGAAGUUGCUACAGCAUUACAAUAUAAGGACUCCUCUUCUCAGCUAUCACAAAUUCAAUGAAUCUCAGAGGGAGCAGGCUGUGUUAACAAGACUGAAGGAGGGUCAAAUUGUGGCAUUGAUCAGUGAUGCAGGAACUCCGGGCAUCAGUGAUCCCGGUGCAGAUUUGGCAAAAUUAUGUGUGAAGAUGAAUAUACCUGUGAUUCCUAUCCCCGGUCCUUCUGCCCUCAUAACUGCACUAUCGGCAUCUGGUUUACCCACUAAUGAGUUCACAUUUGUUGGAUUUCUCCCAAAACAUGCUGGUUCUAGGAGAGAGAGGCUCAUUGUUUCUGCAAAUGAGGCGACAACUCAGAUUUUCUAUGUUCCACCUCACAAGCUUUGCCAUUUUCUUGAGGAGACUUCUUCCGCAUUUGGCGAUUCUAGGCAGUGUGUAAUAGCACGAGAAAUGACUAAAUUAUAUGAGGAGUUCUGGCGUGGCACUAUAGGCCAAGCCAAAGAAGCAUUCUCAACACAUCAACCUAAGGGGGAAAUCACCUUCUUGCUUGAAGGAAAACCGCCGAGUACAGAUGACGCUCCAUCUGAGUCAGAACUGGAAAGUGAUUUGAAAGAGCUGAUAUCGCAAGGGCACACACUCUCAACGGCAGUGAAGAUGGUGGCAACAGGCAAGUCUAUGAAAAGAAAAGCCGUAUAUUCUCUUGCACUCAGAAAAUUUGGGAGGCCACUUGAAUCAGAGGAGGAAGGUGAUCAUCCAUGACCUGCAGUAAAAGAGAGCAAAAACAAAAGAAAGAAAUAUUUGUUGUCGCCGUUGAUGGACUGGCUCCUGCAGAUGAGAGCAUUGUUUUGGCAUCCCACGCCGCAUGGUUCGGGGGCAAAACGGUCUUUUUCUGAUCAACACAGCAUUCGUACCGCCGUGAUUUUGCUCCCCAAAGCGCCGGAGAAGAUUUUCCUUCCCCACUCUUUGACUUUUUUUUUCUUACAUUUUCAACUUAUGUGGUAAUUUCUCUCCUGGCUAUGACUUUUCAUGGGAAAAAUCAUCCAUGUGGAAUCCUAAACUAUGUAUAAAGUCAACGCGCAUUAAAGUUAUGGGUCUCAUGAAAUAUGAAGCUCAAAAGCAUUGGUGUCCGGCAAUGGUAUAAAUAGGUCAAAAGUAUGGAAACAUUGGGGGAUUCUGUUACCUCUAUGU